CCCCUUUGGUAAUUAAUGUCCGAAGACGAAAUGAGUUUAUCUGUGAAUGUUAACGGUCAAUCUAAAGUACCUCCAGGGUUUCGGUUUCAUCCUACCGAAGAAGAGCUUCUUCACUAUUACUUGAGGAAGAAAGUUGCUUAUGAAAAAAUCGAUCUUGAUGUUAUUCGUGAUGUUGAUCUUAAUAAGCUUGAACCUUGGGAUAUACAAGAGAAGUGCAAAAUUGGAUCCACUCCACAAAAUGAUUGGUAUUUUUUUAGUCAUAAAGAUAAGAAGUAUCCAACGGGGACAAGGACCAAUCGCGCAACAGCAGCGGGUUUCUGGAAAGCCACGGGUCGAGAUAAGGUCAUAUAUAGUAGCUUUACGAGAAUUGGUAUGAGGAAGACACUUGUGUUCUACAAAGGGAGAGCACCUCACGGUCAAAAAUCUGAUUGGAUAAUGCAUGAAUAUAGGCUUGAUGAUAAUACGAUUACCAGUCAAGAUCCGCCUUGUGGUCCUAACAUGUGUGAUUCAACUCAAGAAGAUGGGUGGGUGGUAUGCCGUGUUUUUAAGAAGAAAAACUACCACAAAGCGCUUGAGAGUCCACAAAGACCAAUAUCAUCGGCGUCUAUGGAUUCAAGAACACAAUUACAGUCGUUAAAUAAAGAUGGUGUUCUUGAUCAGUUACUAGUGUACAUGGGUAACAAUAAUAGGAUGUCUUGCAAGCAGGAAAUCGAAUCUUUAACCGUGAACCACAAUGCUAUGCAGCAAUUCGUUAACCCCAUUAUUAGCGACAGAUUCUACCACCUUCCAAGGCUCGAUAGUCCGACGACCAUGACAACCUUGUCCACUCAUCAUCAUAGCUCAACUUCAACUAACUUUGAUCAAAGGUUGACUUUUAGGCCACAUAUGAACGAGUUUCUGGCAGAAACCGAUCAACAAAGGCACGCCGAGCAUGACACACACGAGCGUCUUGAUAACUGGGCUGAUCUUGAACGCCUUGUGGCUACUCAACUAAAUGGACAGGUAGAUUUAUCAAAGCAAUUAUACUCUUGCUAUGGGGAGCCUAGUGAUCAAGACUUUUGUUUUCCACUUGACCACGAUGAUCAACAAGAACCAUCCCAACUAUGUGAUUCUACUACGACCGUUAGACCACCGAGCCAAGUGGCAUACACGAGUGAGAUAGAUUUGUGGAGCUUCGCUCGAUCAUCUUCAACUUCGUCAUCUCCAGAUCCGUUAUGUCACUUGUCAGUAUAAUGUUAUUUGUAAGUACGUAGA